UCCAAUCUGACUGCCUGCUCACUUGGCUGUGAGUCCGUGCAACUCACUUGCAUUUCGCAUCCCCAGGGGAAGGGACCAGGAACAGUGCAGAAGAGAUCACGGACAAGGAGCAGAGCGGCGCGUGAACAGCCCAUCGGGGUUACAGCCAGCGGUGGCCAGGGCGCUGGGAUGAGCCAGAGGCCCACAGGAUGACGGAGACCCGGGAGAGUCCGCUCGCCAACGAGAAGCAUCUAUUCUCCUUGGAGAUGAACCAGUGUAGCAGCAGCAGCACAGGUGCGGUGGUGUCAGGGACCAAGAGCAAGGCGGAAGAUCUCCCGGAGCGAGGGACAUGGAGUGGCAAGCUAGACUUCAUCCUGUCGGUCGUGGGUUUGGCCAUCGGUCUGGGCAAUGUAUGGCGUUUCCCGUACCUUUGCUACAAGAAUGGUGGAGGCGCCUUCCUGAUCCCCUACUUCCUUACCCUCAUUUUAGCCGGUAUCCCCAUGUUCUUCAUGGAACUCGCCUUGGGUCAGAUGCUCACCAUCGGAGGUCUUGGCGUCUUCCAAAUUGCACCCAUCUUCAAAGGUAUCGGUUAUGCAGCGGCAGUCAUGUCUUGCUGGAUGAACGUGUACUACAUCGUGAUCCUCGCAUGGGCCAUCUUCUACUUCUUCAUGUCAAUGAGAUCAGACGUGCCAUGGAGGACAUGCAACAAUUACUGGAAUACCCGUAACUGCGUGAACGCAUAUGAGAGAGGUAACCUCACAUGCUGGGAGCAGUCGUACAACAGCACGGCGUACAACAAAGUGUGCUCCAUCAACCAGUACAACAUCUCUGUCAAGGACCUCACUGACCCCGUCAAAGAGUUUUGGGAGCGCCGAACGCUGCAGAUCUCGGAAGGAGUGGAACAUGUGGGCAGCAUCCGCUGGGAACUAGCCGGGACAUUGCUUCUCGUAUGGAUCCUGUGCUACUUCUGCAUAUGGAAAGGUGUUAAAUGGACGGGAAAGGUGGUGUAUUUUACGGCUCUGUUCCCAUAUGUUCUGCUGACUGUGCUGCUGAUACGUGGCAUCACUCUUCCUGGAGCAAUUGAAGGAAUCCGUUUCUACAUCAGUCCUAAUUUAUCGAAGCUCAGGGAGUCUGAAGUGUGGAUUGACGCUGUGACACAGAUUUUCUUCUCGUACGGUCUAGGACUUGGAACACUUGUAGCUUUGGGAAGCUACAACAAAUUCACCAACAAUGUGUACAAGGACGCUUUAAUCGUAUGCUCCAUCAACUCUAGUACCAGUAUAUUUGCCGGUUUUGUCAUAUUUUCUGUUGUGGGGUUCAUGGCACACGAACAGCAGAAGCCAGUGGCAGAGGUGGCGGCUUCUGGCCCGGGACUGGCGUUCUUGGCGUACCCAUCCGCCGUGCUCCAGCUGCCUGGCGCACCCAUCUGGUCCUGCCUCUUCUUCCUCAUGCUGCUCUGCAUUGGACUGGACAGUCAGUUCUGCACCAUGGAAGGCUUCAUCACUGCCAUGGUUGACGAGUGGCCCCUCCUUCUGCGACGACGUAAAGAACUUUUCAUAGCUGUUGUGUGUAUUUUAUCAUACAUCGUUGGCUUCUCCUGCAUAUCACAGGGUGGAAUGUACGUAUUCCAAAUCCUUGAUUCAUACGCCGUGAGUGGCUUCUGCCUCUUGUUCUUGAUCUUCUUUGAAUGCAUCGCUAUUUCGUGGGCAUUUGGAGUAAACCGAUUUUAUGAUGGCAUCAAAGACAUGAUUGGCUACUACCCAUUCAUGUUUUGGAAGUUGUGUUGGACCAUCACUACACCGCUCAUUUGUGUGGGAGUAUUUUUCUUCAACAUUGUGCAGUGGACUCCAAUCAAGUACCUAGAUUAUGAGUACCCAUGGUGGAGUCAUGUCCUUGGGUGGCUUACGGCACUUUCUUCAAUGUUGUGCAUCCCAGGCUAUAUGGUCUACCUAUGGAUGAAGACACCGGGAGACAUGAGAACAAAAGUCAAACUUCUGGUACGGAUAGAAGACGAUGUGGCAAGUCUUCGAGGGAAGAUGACAGGAACACCUUCAGAUAUAACUUCUCUGUAAUUUGCCAGUUCUGCAAAAUCCAGUUCAACUCCUGUCUCCUGAAGGAGAGCAACAAUUUGCCGAUCUCCAGAUUCCGAGCAGAAGAAAUGUUCUUGCAACUGAAGAGACGUGUGAAUAAUGUACUUGUGACUAUCCUUGAUGCUUAGAGUGAAGUGAAAAUUAGGAGACAGACACUCACGACUUUAAUUUGAAGUAACUUCAGAAUACUUACACAAGAUACUCGCCACGUUGUAGAAACACUCUACAGUUAAAUGUGGUCAGUUCUGGAGGGGGGAUAUCUGCAUAGAUAUAAGACAAAUACAAUUUAUCUGUGAAACAAGUGGUAAAUUACCUCAAGAAAGUAAUGACCACUAAUGGACAGAAAAGGUGAAUCAUACUAGAAACAAUACUGUCAUUAUUGGAAUACCCAGUCAAAAAUUCAGUACUAGUUUCAUGUCACCGACAUUCAUAACAUAGUACAAUUAUCACCGUUUGUGUAUGAACUCAACGUUUUGACCCAGUCAUGUGAUACAUUUGGGUUAUUUUCCCUUAACCCAUUAACAUUGGGCUCCACUAGCAAGCAGCCUUAUUGUCCGCACAGCUGCACCAUGAUCAGAGGUCGUGGUCCUUUGUGUCACUCGUUAUGACCCAGCCAUUUAAACGCACGCUCCAGGCUAAGCAGCAAGCCAUUCAAAGGAGACCAUAUUGGGUUCAUAACGUAAAGCCUUCUGUUGUAAUUAAUUUAUUUGUUAGAAUGACAGACUAUUAUUAAUUAUUAAAUGAUAUGGAAACACAUGGGCCAUUUUAUUUCAUUUUAUUUCUUAAUGUUGUUCUCAAAUAUGUGUGCAUGCUUCCAUCUAAAAUGUAGAAGAAUCUAUUAUGGUUUAAUGUUUUUAGUUCUCAAUGGGGAUACAUCUGUCAACAUUAUGUUACACAAAUCAAUAAAGAUGUUUUUACACAUUG